AUGCGUUCUACCGGAUUGUUGCUGGUGGCUGCGUUGGCGAAGUGCGGUGUUGCUACCUACAUACUAGAAGACGACUACCAGCCAAACACCUGGUUUGACCAGUUCAGGUUCUUCUCUGCCAAAGACCCGACCCAUGCAUAUGUCAACUAUCUAGACCAGGCCGAAGCUCAGAAGCAAAAGUUGAUAGAUUUCGAUGCCGCCAACAACACCGUUUACCUUGGUGUCGACCAUGACAACAUUGCUACUGGAGAAGGCCGAAGUUCUGUUCGCCUUGAGACAAAGAAGACCUAUAAUCAUGGCUUGAUCGUUGCUGAUAUCGAGCAUAUGCCCGGAGGCGCCUGCGGGACAUGGCCUGCCUUCUGGACUACGUCUUCCUCUUGGCCUAGUGAAGGUGAACUCGAUAUCAUCGAGGGCGUAAAUACGCAGAAGCAAAAUGCCUACGCUCUGCACACUGCUGAUGGAUGCAGCAUCUCUCAGCGACCCAAUUUCUCCGGGAAGAUCAUGACUCCCAACUGCGACGUGAAGGCCGCUGGCCAGGCUGAAAAUCAAGGCUGUCUAAUCGAGGAUUCGAAGCAGCAGGGAUAUGGGCCGACGUUCAACCAGCAGGGUGGUGGUAUCUUUGCUACCGAAUGGACUAGCAACGGCAUUUCUAUCUGGUUCUUCCCUCGUGGUAGUAACACGACUCCUGCCGAUAUUAACAGCGAACACCCAGACCCAUCCAAGUGGACAGAGAAGCCCGUUGCUCACUUUGGUGGAGAAGCUUGUAAUAUCGACAAGCAUGUCCGCAACCAGCGCAUCAUCUUUAACACUGCCUUUUGCGGUGGCUGGGCUGACGGAAUGUGGCCCACAGACGAGGUCUGCUCCAAGAAGGCUCCCACCUGCAUGGAGUAUGUGCAGAAGAACCCAGAAGCUUUCGUGGACACAUACUGGUCAAUCCGCUACAUGAAGGUCUAUCAACAAGGAACCGCACCCACCAAGUCUACCCAGGCACCACCAGUCCCCUCCUCAUCAGCACAAUCCACCAUCAAAUCCACCUCGACCACCAUCGAUACUACCUCUACCACUCCAGCUGGUUCAUCGACCCAGGAUGUCCCUGUUCCUACAGUGAGCAGUUCUACCAGCGCCGUGUCCCAGCCCACCGGCCAGCCAACUCAGCCAUCAAACCCGUCCAGCGCCGACGGUACUCAACCCACUGAUGCACCCUCUAAUGGAGGCAAUGGCUGCCCCAAACCAACCCCACCAGCAUGCCGAACUUUCGUUACCACGAAGGUAUUCACCGUCGUGAAGACCGUUCUCCCAACAGACGCUCACACCACUGCCAACAUUAUCCCAAUCCCAUCCAGUGCAUUAAAUGACGAUAAGGGUGCCGCUCGACGUCGACGACGGGAUAUGGCACGCCAUGUCGGACGUGGCCAUCAUAACUAA